ACUGAGUACACCAGAAAGACGGAAACAGUCUCAAUUAGAAAAACAGUAUUGUUGGUCCAGAUUUGGAUCAUGCUAAAUGUUUCUCCCAGCAUGGCUGGGUGUCGAUUUCCUGCAUUUAGCAAGCUCCAACUUCCAUUACGAACCAUAGGCCCUGAGGCUGCUGCUUUCGAUAGAAAAGGUGGCGGACCUUACACAGGUAUUGCAGAUGGCAGAAUAGUCAAAUAUCAAGGUCCAAAAGUUGGCUUCACUGAUUUUGCUGUUACAUCACCAAAUAGGACCAAGGCAAAAUGUGAUGGAAAAAAUGGCCCAGAAUUACAACAAAUAUGUGGAAGACCAUUUGGCCUUGGAUUUUACUACAAAACUGAAAUACAGGCAAAGGCACAGGGAGCAAUUGAUACUGCAGAAGAUCAAAUGCGCAUGAACAAGCAAUGUUGGCUACAUCACUGUAGUUGUUUAUAUGAUCUUGGUGGUUAA